GAACUGAGCUUGAAAUAUUUAAUUGUCAUGCACUUUUUCUGCUCCAAAGCAUGAACGUUAAUGACUGAGAUAUUUUCAUAGAAGAUAAUUGCUAUUUUUGGUUUUCACAGAUCUUAACUUAUUUAAUUAUCUAACAUGUUAUUGUAUGGCUGUUGUACCUUUCAUUUGGUAAUUGAUUGUUUUGACCCCUAUAAAAAUGUGUCAUAUGAGAGUGUUUGUGCUUGAAUUACAUAGAUCAUGUACCUGAAGGUAGCUGACAACAACCGGGCAGACACCCACCUUGCCUUCUUCAGUGAAGCUGUGAAUGAGCAUGGCUUUCCUCUGAGAUCAUGGCGGAGAAAAUGUAGGUGUUGCAGAAUUAAUGUUCUCAGUUCGUGGAACUGACACCAACAGCUUCAUUGCAGGAAAAAGUGUACACAAUCAACGGAUCGAGCGCCUGUGGCGUGAUGUCUUCAUGAGUGUUACUGGUCUAUAUUACAACAUCCUGCACUCUCUGGAAGACCAAGACUUGCUCGACAUCAGUAACAUCCUUCACAUGUUUUGUUGCCACUAUAUUUUCUUGUCUCGCAUCCAGGCCAGCCUGGAUGUCUUUAGAGAUGCGUGGGACAACCAUCCAAUCAGGACAGAGGAAAACAUGACACCAAAUCAGCUGUGGCAUCUGGGCCAGGCUCUGAAUCCUGUUUCUGAUCCAGGGGCAAAUGGUAUACCGACACCAGAGAUUGAAUGGGAGGAGAAUGGAUACAUGACUGAACCUCAUCCUGGGAUCAAUGUCCCUGUACUGGACAGUCCUCUUACAGAUCAUGAAAUGUUGGAACUGCAGGACAACAUAAUCCGUUGCAACAUUCAGACUCUUUUGGGAGUGGACACAUAUCUUCACACUGUCCAGUAUGUUGAGAACUUACUUGAGGCUAGAUGAUUACAUGUGUGAAGAAGGAAGGAGAGGGAAGGUAGGGAGUUAGGAAGAAAGAAAACAAUUAAUGAGACAGGAAGGAAGGAAGUUAAAAAGUGAAGGAGUGGUCCAUUUUAAGGUUAAUGUACUGUAUAUUGUUAUUCAAGGGAUUUGCCUUUGUAAAUAUGAAAUGCUAAAGGAUAGACCCCAAAAUAGAUGUCUAAAUUCAUUUAUAGUUGUGUAUUUCCUUAAAGUCUUUGUCAGCCUGAUUUAUUUUAGACCAGGAAUGUAUUUGAAAAGGCUGCUGUUCACUUCAUCUAUGCUACAAUUCUUCAAAAUGUAAAUGUGCUAUCAUUGCUAGUGUUGGUUUAGUAACAUGCAUCUUCCUGUGUAUCCAGCUCUAAUAAAAACAUUUAAAGGUGAAGCACCUACUUAUCAGGAGAUCCAUUUAUUUUUACAUGUUAUUGUUUGAAUUUUGUCUCGUUUCAUAACUUUUGCUCAACAUUUAAGGGGAACUGUGUUACCCUGCGAUCAUCUUCAUUACACUUGAAAACUUGUACUAUACCUCCGUCCGUCUACUUAUUAAAUGGAAUAACAUGACAAGA